CGCUCCCCAUUUUUCCAUGGCGGAGCGGCUUUCACCCCUUCCUUCUUCUAAUGUCCAUAUUCACGACCCCGUCACAGCUCAAUCGCGACCCGCUUUUCAGUCCGGCACCUACGUUGUCCAGGUCCCUAAGGACCAAAUUUAUCGCGUUCCGCCACCAGAGAAUGCUCUAAUUGUUGAACGCCGUCGAAAUCCUGAAUCAAAGAAGCUAGGGCAUCGCUGUUCCGCCCAAUUGUUUUGUUUUAUUCUCAUUGCUUUCGUUGUUAUUGCCACAACCCUUGCUAUAGGAUUUUCUUUUUCUCUCCUUAAAGCUAAGAAUCCUGAGUUUCAAGUCCAACGUCUUGUCGUCAGUAGCUCAUCUCAUAGCAACCCUGAUUAUAACGUUAUGUUAAAGGUGCAUAAUCCAAAUGGGAAAUCAGGCAUUUUAUACGUGCAAGGCGGAGUUGCUUCCCUCUUCUUUGAAGAGCAAAUAAUGGCGGCCGGAAAGUUUCCAAUUUUCAAUCAAGAUGAAAAUAAUUCAACAGAAAUUGGAAUAGCCCUCAAGGGCUCAAAGAUCAUGUUGCCCAACAAUAUCAAGAAGAGCAUGAAAAGUACAAAACCAAAAGUGAAUUUGUCAUUUUCCCUAAAGAUGAACGUCCCGGCGAGAAUGAAAACUAAUAGCUUCAAAAUUGGGGAUACCAAACUCGUCAUUAUAUGCGAAUUCAAGGUAGACACAUUGGCAAAAGGAACGCAAAUACUUUCUCAGCAAUGUGAAACCAUUCGCUAGUAUUUGUUUUGCAAUUACAUUUGGCUGCGAUAGAUCUUUAGUUUUUCUAUGUUUUAGAUUCUAGUGAUGUGAGGAAACCAUUGGUGAUUGAAUGGUGUUGGAAGUUAGUGUCAGAAUUUAGAUUUGUAUCCUGGGUUAGUAACCCUGACAUGGAGAGACAUUUCUUUUGACUUGUCUUGCUCGCCCUGAUUUUGUCAUCAAGGCAUUGUAGGAUUUUCCCCCCUUUUCUUGUAUCUACCAGUUAAUUAGUGUUUAAAAAAAAAAAUU